AUGGAUCCUGUUAUAGGAGGACCGCCCUGCUUCAUCGACAUUGUUCUCGUCCUGGACGUUUCUUCGAGCAUCCCGAAGGACCAGUUCGUUCUCGCCCGGGACUUCAUGAUGUAUUUCGUCGAAUGUGCUGAAUUUCAAGGACUGGCAAUCAGGAUUGGAGUCAUCUGCUACAACUGCGAAGCAAAGACCUAUUUUGAUCUGACACCAAUAGCCCAGGGGAUGGAGUACAAAAUCCACUACAUCACGUACAAGGGAGGGGAGACCCGAACUGGCCACGCCAUCUACUACAUGAAUUGCACGUCCAAUUGGCGACAAGAAUCCCAUCCGGCAGCCGUCAUUCUGACCGACGGACGGUCCAAUGAUGACGAAUUAGACGAAGCUGUGAAGGCGCGGGCCGCUGGGAUCGAUCUGUACGCCGUGGGUUUCGGGUACCCGCUUCUUGUGGACUGGACUGCGCUGGAUAUCAUGACCGGCGACAUCACCGGAUCCCGAGUGUUCACCGCCAGCCAGGCCUGCGACUUGGCGCAGAAAAUCGUGGCCGAUCAGUGCGGUGAGUAG